AUACGUAUAACCCUACAUGUGUGCUCAUACAGGUAUAUGUACAGUGUGUACGAUAUGAGGAGCGUGUUGUAGCCUAAUUGUUUAACUAGAGACAAACGUGUAAUGGAAGCUACGAAAUGGCAAGGUUUUAAUUUAGAGAAUUACAUGAGAUUGGACAUACAUCUACUUGAUACUAUCACUUAUUCCAUUUUCGGAUUCGCCGGAUUCGUCGCGAUUUCCCAAUUUUUCAUAACUUCCGGUGCGUCGUACGGACGGUAUGUCCGGGCAGGAUACGGAUGUUACAUCGACUCGAGGUUGGCUUGGUUUGUCUGGGAACUUCCGUCUAUUGUGAUUCCUAUAGUACUGUUAGUGUUUACAUCCUCACCUCGAAUAGUACAAACGCCGAACCGAAUCUUGUUUGGGUGUUUUGUUCUACAUUAUAUUCACAGAUCCCUUAUUUACCCGUUACUGAUAAGGGGAGGUAAGCCUGCCUCUCUGGUGACGUUUGUGUUUGCUGUGUUAUUUUGUGUAUUCAAUGGGUACCUUCAGGCAGCGUACUUCCUACACCACGCCGACUUCGGGGAGGACUGGAACAGGAAUCCUCUAUUUUAUUUUGGUUUAUGUAUGUUUUUCCUGGGACUGUUUAUAAAUGUUGAGUCUGACCACAUAUUGAGGACUCUGAGAAAACCAGGCGAAACAGGAUACAACAUACCCCGAGGUGGGCUGUUUACGUACGUAUCUGGAGCUAACUUUUUCGGUGAGAUUCUGGAGUGGUUUGGGUUUGCUGUUGCUAACGGAACUUUGCCAACACUAGCUUUCUUCUUGUCUACAACCGCCUCCAUAGCACCAAGAGCUUUCAGUCAUCACAGAUGGUACAAGGAGAAAUUUGACGAUUAUCCUACAGAACGGAAAGCUCUGAUUCCAUUAGUUAUAUAAUCAAUAAAACAUAUGUCAUCAUU